UGCACGCUCUCAAAGUCAUUGCGACUCAAAGAGAGAGAGAGAGGAAGAAGAUGGAAGGGUCAAUGCUCGCGACCGUGAUUCUGAUAUUCACCAUCUUCACCGUCGCUUCAUCCAUCGACGACAAAUGCGCCGCCUGCAAUGCCGUCGCGGAGGAGCUAGAGUGGGGACUUUCCAAAGAAAAGCCCAGAAACCACUUGGAUAUGAGACACCGGUUGGACUCCCAAGGUCAACGGCGAGGAAAGGUAAUCGACUACAGAGUCAGUGAGCUCAGAGUUGUUGAACUCCUCGAUGGACUUUGUGAUAAGAUGCAGGAUUACACUCUUCGCAAGAUAGAUUCAAACAGACAAGAGUGGAUCAAAGUGGAUAAUUGGGAUAACCUCACAACAGAUAAACAAGAAGCUAGAGCAUAUUCAAAGGAUAUAUCAACUUACUGUGGAAGGUUGCUUGAGGAAACAGAAGAUGAGAUUGCAGAAUUGAUAAAGAAAGGAUCUCUUGGAGUAGGAGAUGUAAGCAAGGUUCUAUGUCAAGAUUUGAGCAAACACUGCAGCAAAACAAGUGCUUCACAUGAGGAAAAUGGUUCUAAUGGUGGAUCAGAUGGAGAACUCUGAGUUGCCUAAAUUCACUACUAUUAUACAAAUUCGCACGAGGUUAACUUUAUUGAAAUUUGGUUGGCUUAGUUGGCAUUGCCUAAGAAGUGUAAUGCUUGAGUGACGAUUAUUCUUAUACCAGCAAAUUUUGCUUCUAAACUUCUGGAAUUAUGUACCAAUAUGUUAAACUAACACCAGUCGAAGACCCCCCCAAGACAUGACUACAUGAGUCUUUUUCAAAGAACUCAGGAGUGUUUCUAUUUUUCUGUUCUUUAGUCAAGGGACUCGAGGCAAAUGAGAACCAACAGAAGAUUGUAAGCAGCGUCCUUGCUGUAACUUUCUUCUGUGAUUUCA